UCUUUUGUCAUUUCUCUGGAUAAAAUACAAAUUUUGACCCAAGUGGGUUCAACUUCUUGAGCUUUGGGAAAACAUGCUAUGGAAAAUGUUUUGACCCCCCAAGUCGGAGAUUUGAGGCUGCCAUGUUAUUUAACGUUGAAGAAGUUACCGUCGGCGUCCAGAUACUGAGAAUAUGUGGUUGGAAUCAUGUUCAUAACAGUGCCUCUUGAAUACCUCCUUAGGUUCUGGAAAACUAUUGCGUACCAUUUCAGGUUCCAAACCAUUGAUGAGAGUACACAUCUUCAAGAAUGAUGCAUGGUAGAGAGCACAGACGCAAACGACAUUAGGCCCUGUUUUGGUUAAACCGAAUCAGGGCCAUGCAUUAAGGACCAACUCCUUUCACACAAAGGAGCAAUGUUACCAUCCAAAAAAAGCAGGGGAAAAAACUAACUAAAGGCAAGCAUGUUGGGAGGGAUAGCCAGGAGGUGGAAGGUGCUAAGUGGCCAAAAAAAAUGGAAAGGCCUCCUUGAUCCACUUGACUCAGAUCUUCGUCGCUACCUCAUUCACUACGGCGAGAUGGCUCAGGUUGGUUACGACGCCUUUAACUGGGACCGUAAGUCCUUAUACGCCGGUGAUUGUUAUUACUCCAAGAGCCAAAUCUUUGCUCGAACUGGCUACCUUAAAGCCAACCCUUUCAGGUACAAUGUGACCAAGUACAUCUACGCAACAGCUUCUUUAAACCUACCAAUCUGUUUCAUCGUCAAGUCUUUGUCAAAGGAAGCAUCGCGCGUGCAGACUAACUGGAUCGGUUACGUAGCCGUCGCUACAGACGAGGGCAAGGCGCUGUUAGGGAGAAGAGACAUCGUUGUAGCUUGGAGAGGAACUCUUCAGCCAUAUGAAUGGGCUAACGACUUCGACUUUCCACUUGAGUCGGGUGUCAAAGUGUUCCCUGUAACCAACCCAAAGGUCGUGCCUCGUAUUGGAAGUGGCUGGCUCGAUGUCUACACCUCUUCUGAUGCUAAGUCGCCUUAUGACACUACUAGCGCACGAGAACAGGUACAAGGAGAGCUCAAGAGACUGCUAGAAGUUUACAAGAACGAAGAAGUGAGCAUCACUUUCACAGGCCAUAGCUUGGGCGGAGUGAUGUCAACUCUAGCAGCAGCAGAUCUUGUCAACGGCAAGAAACACAUGAUCAGUGCAGGUCUUGAGAGAAAACAAGUUCCCAUCACAGUUUUUGCGUACGGGUGUCCUCGAAUUGGGGACCAAGACUUCGUAAACACCGUCGACUCGCUCAAACAACUUAACAUCCUAAGAGUAGUCAAUGUUCCGGAUGUCGCACCACAUUAUCCACUCUUGAUGUAUGCAGAAGUAGGGCAGGAGCUCCAGAUCAAUACAUUGAACUCGACUUACCUCAAACGGUCUCUAAACUUCAGGAACUACCAUAACCUGGAGAUAUACCUGCACGGCUUGGCAGGGAUGCAAGACAAAGCCGGGCUGUUUAAGCUGGUGAUUGGUCGGGAUAUUUCAUUGGUCAACAAAGGGUUAGAUGCUCUGAAAGACGAGUUCUUAGUGCCCAGUACCUGGAGGUGUCUUGCAAACAAAGGGAUGAUUCAAAUGGAUGAUGGCACAUGGCAGCUGGAUGUCCACAGGAAAGAUCAUGAUGAUGAGUGAUGACCCCUCAAACUAGUAAGCGGCUAUACGAGUUUUUAGUUGCAAAAACUUAUAAAAUGUUCUAACAUUUAUUUUAAAGUUGAUGACUUCAAAAUCACAAACGAAAAUUGUUAUGCUGCAUAGUGUAUAUUGUUUCUUGUGGUAAUUUUCACUAACAUGUCCAGUUUUAACG